AUGUUCACCGAGGUUCCCCACGACAUGACGGCACAGCGGGGGCAGGAUGUGGAGAUGGCGUGCUCCUUCAGGGGCGCUGGGAUGCCCUCCUACUCCCUGGAGAUCCAGUGGUGGUACAUCCGCAACCACAUGGACUGGACCGAGCGGCAGCCCUGGACCACCAACGAGGUGUCCCCAGAUGAGGAGAUGCCAAAGGAUUCGACAAAGAUAAGUGUGGUAAAAGUGGUCGGCAGCAACAUCUCCCACAAACUGCGCCUGUCCCGAGUCAAGCAGUCAGACGAGGGGACGUACGAAUGCCGCGUGAUCGACUUCAGCGACGUGGGAGGGGCCCGCCACCACCGCGUGCGCGCCCACCUGCAGGUCGUCCCGGAGAGCGAGGCCAGCAGCGACAGCACUCACGACGACCGCCAGAACAACUUCGAAGCCGCAGACGACACCAAGAAGGCCAUCACCAAGGGGGCGGAGCAUCACGGCAAAGACCACGCCCACCACAUGAAUCACAGCAAGCGGCCGAGUGACAGCCUCGCCCCUCACCACGGCCACUCCCACAGCGCGCAGCAGCACAAGGCCAAAGAGCAGAAGAGGAGGGACAGUGGCAGCGACUGCGCAGACGAGGCGAGCUGCGCAGUCUAG